AUGGAGUGCCCUGAGAGAGCCAGAUGUUGUGAACAAAGGUCUAAAAAUAAUCUGUCCAGUGAUCAUUCAAGGGGAAUAUGUGCCUCGUGGGAACAUGAGAUGGGAGAACCUGAUCUAUCUUUGAACAAGAAAGUUCAACAGCAACUCCUGGCUCCUGAUUCUGGGCUCCCAAACUUUUUUUGUUUGUUUGUUUUUUUGCCUCCCAGAAGCUGCCCAGUAAAGAGCCUUGCUUCAGCAGUCAGCUCUCUCCCUCCCUCUGAUUCGUCUGGCUCCUUGAAAGCUGGGAUCCGUAUUUUUUUAUUUCUCAUCAGGAGCAUGGACUCCAGCAGCAAUCGCCUGGUGCCCAAGCUGCAUUUCUGCAAAAAGCUCUUUGCUGCAGCCUUAUGUGUCUCAAUCUUACUCCCAGAAUCGGGCUUUGCAAAGAAUCUCUGGAAACGUGCUCUCCAUCUGAAACUGGCAGAGAAGUAUGAUGAUUAUGAGUACCCUCUUCAUUCUCACAGCGCCCACUACCAGAAGAAUGACCGCUGCCCCCCGCCCCCGCAGACUUUACCAGAGCGAGCAUGUGAGGUGCCCAGCUGCCGUUCAGAUUCCGAAUGUGAAAGACACAAGCGUUGUUGUUACAAUGGGUGCAUCUAUGCCUGCUUAGAAUCAGUACAGCCACCUCCAGUUUUAGACUGGUUGGUGCAGCCGAAACCACGUUGGCUUGGAGGAAACGGUUGGUUGUUAGACGGACCCGAGGAAGUUUUACAAGCGGAGGCCUGUAGCACCACUGAGGAUGGGGAUGAGCCACUGCAUUGCCCUACAGGAUAUGAAUGCCACAUCAUCAAUCCUGGCAACACAGCCGAAGGGAUCCCCAACAGGGGUCAGUGCAUCAAGCUACGUGGAAAUCCCGAUGGACGCAAUCUAAGGCAUAAAUAUUACAAGGAGUAUUUUGGGAGUAAUUCCAAUAACGUACUUGGCUACGUGAAACAACAGCAGAAGCACUUAGGUUAACUUGGUGGGACCUAACUCUUAAGGAGCUUUUAAAGAAAGAAAUACCCGGCAGUUGUCUGGUUCAGACGAAUUGCAGCCCUCGGUCUCCAGAUACAGCUAUUCAGCAUCUUCCUGAUCUCUGCAAGUUGUUGAUUAAAGACCUGCCUGGUGCAAGAGCAGCUAUUCUAGAACUCAGCCCUGUGAAGAGGGGGAGAAAUCCAUUCCUUUGACGGCAGCUGUAGUGU